GCGGCCACUCCUCCUCCGUCCCAACGUGCACGCUCGCCUCAAGUCUCCGUUUUUCUCUGUGCUGCACGGUCCUCUCAACCGUGACAAGAAACAUGUCUGAAGAUAAGAAGGUAGUGCUGGCGUACAGUGGUGGUCUGGACACGUCUUGUAUCCUGGUGUGGCUCAUCGAGCAGGGGUUCGAUGUCAUCGCUUACAUGGCUGAUGUUGGACAGGAGGAAGACUUUGCGGAAGCCAAAGAGAAGGCGCUUAAGCUGGGAGCCAAGAAGGUUUACAUUGAGGACCUGAAGAAGCAGUUUGUUGAUGAGUACAUCUGGCCGGCCAUCCAGGCUAACGCCAUCUAUGAGGACCGCUAUCUCAUGGGCACGGCCGUGGCACGCCCGUGUAUCGCCAGGCGCCAGGUCGAGGUCGCCAAAAAAGAGGGUGCACAAUAUGUAUCCCAUGGUGCAACUGGCAAGGGCAAUGAUCAGAUUCGGUUUGAGCUGACCUGCUACGCUCUGUACCCAGGAGUCAAGAUAUAUGCUCCAUGGAAGAUUCCAGCGUUCUUUGAAAGGUUCAAGGGCAGACUGGAUCUGUUCGAGUAUGCCAAGAAACAUGACAUCCCUCUCCCCGUGACUCCCAAAAGCCCCUGGAGCAUGGACGCCAACCUCAUGCACAUCAGUUACGAAUCUGGAGUACUUGAAGAUCCCAAGGCUCAUGCUCCCAAGUCCCUGUACCAGAUGACUACUGACCCUGUGGAGGCCCCCAACACCCCGGAGAAACUGGAGAUUGAGUGGAAGAAUGGUGUGCCCAUCAAGGUGACUAACCUGGAUGAUGGGACUGUGAAGGCUGAUUCCCUCGAGCUCUUCCUCUACCUCAACCAAGUGGGAGGAAAGCAUGGAGUUGGGCGAAUAGACAUUGUGGAGAACAGAUACAUCGGCAUGAAGUCUCGAGGUAUCUAUGAGACCCCGGCGGGCACCAUCCUGUACCACGCUCAUCAGGAUAUAGAACUCUUCACUAUGGACAAGGAGGUGCGCCGGAUGAAGAGAGACCUGGGGAUCAAGUUUUCAGAGCAGGUGUACAAUGGCAUGUGGUACAGUCCAGAGUGUGAGUUUACCCGCCACUGCAUCGCUAAGUCCCAGGAGGGAGUGGAGGGGAAGGUUCAGCUGUCCGUGUACAAGGGGAACGUCUACAUCCUGGGCAGGGAGUCCCCACGCUCGCUCUACAACCAGGAGCUGGUCAGUUUUGACGUCCAGGGAGACUAUGACCCAACUGAUGCCAACGGCUUCAUCAAGAUCAAUGCUCUCAGGCUGCAGGAGUAUGCACGCCUGCGCUCCAUGGAGGCUAAAUGAGCGCACUUGCAGCAGCGCCACCUGCUGGGUCCUACAAACAGUGCAACAGUCAAGUAGCAACAACAUCAAUAGUCUAAACCCUUAUUUUACAACCCUUCUAAAUCCUGUUGAAGUUACGAUGUAUUUUUGUGAAAUGUGCAUUACUGUUGUCCGUAUUGAUGUAAUGAAAGGAGAAAGAUAUUUUGUGCAUUGUACCUCUAGCAAAUUGUCCUUGUGGAAAGAUCAUGUCUCAAAGAUUUGACAUUGUGUUACACAUGGCCAUUGAAGCUCUAUCAAGUAUAACCAAAGUCAACUAUACAUGCUAUACAGGAGAAAUCUUGAGGUGAACCAAAAAGGUCACUUGAUGAAAUCUUAACGAUAUAAAAAUCAAAAUGUUUUGGUGAUAUUUACAGAAUUGGGGCACAAACUUCUGAAGUAAAUACUAAAGUGAAACAAAUUGAAGUAUUUCAACCUCCUUGAGUAUACAAACACAGUGAAACACUACACAAGAGAUACCAUCAGGUAAUGUUACAUGUAAACCAAAAAUGGGUCACUUGAUGAAAUUAUCACGAUAUACAAACCACAAAUGGUUGGUGAUAUUUACAGUAUCGGGCACAAACUUCUUAAGUAAAUACUAAAAGGGAAACAAAUUCAAGUAUACAAACACAGUGAAACACUACAAAAGAGAUAUCAUCAAGUACAUGUAAACCAAAAAUGGGUAAGUUGAUGAAAUUAUUAUGAUAUACAUGUACAAACCACAAGUUUUUGGUGAUAUUUACAGUAUCUGGCACAAACUUCUCAUACUACCUAUAUAUGGACCAAGUACAAUAUUCAUGUAAGGUAUAAUGGUGUCCAAAACAAAGAAGGGAACAGUGAAAAUUAAAUGCAGAACAC